AUGCAGCUGAUGCAAUCUGGGAUUGCUCAAGACGACUGCUCUGCUUGUCCUGCGGGAUACGUUCCCCGAACCAUCAACUCUGCCUGCCAGUGCGUUGCGCAGACGAAUGCGAGCAAUGCGAGCAACAUCACCAGCCUGGGGGACGUCCAGAUAGCGAUGACAACUCUGCUGGGACUUUAUGAUAAGAAUCAGUUCUUGUUAUCUUCUCAGAACGACCUGUAUACACCGCAGACAUCAGAAAACACACAGAAGCUGAAGUUCACUGCCAUCACCUUCCGGCUGCUUGCUUCUCCUCUGGAUCCCACUUCCCAUGUCAAGAUGGUCUACAAGCUCGUCAAGUCGGCGUCAGAUGGAAGUUUGAGAGAAAUUCUACCCACAGCUCGAUAUCUGAUUGUACGUCAGUUGCAAGCUGACGAUGUAGUUGUUGAGAUGGCCAACAAGUCUUCAUCCCUGAGCAGCUCAAGCCAAGUGAACACUGCUAUCCCAGUGAGUUAA